GGCUGGAGAAAACACCUGACCAUGUGGGACCCCAAUGCUGGGCAGCCAGGGCCAAAUCCAUAUCCCCCUAACACUGGAUACCCUGGAGGUUCCAAUCCUGCUCAUCCACCGCCUGUCAAUCCUGCCUUUCUUUCAGGCACCUUUCCCACUCCUCAGAGGAAUCCAGCUUUCCCCCAAGUCGGGCCCCCUCAUCCUCUGCCACAACCAGGGUAUCCAGGAUACCAGCCACUAGGUCCCUACUCACCACCAUACCCACCACCUGCCCCAGGCAUGCCUCCUGUGAAUCCCUUGGCUCCUGGCAUGGUAGGACCAGGAAUGGUGAUGGACAAGAAGAUGCGGAAGAAAAUGAAGAAAGCUCAUAAAAAGAUGCACAAACAUCACAAGCAUGGCAAGCAUUCCUCCUCCUCUUCUUCCAGCAGUGACUCUGACUGAAUACAGGGCCUGGACCCCUCCCUCAAGUCUCUCCAGUUCUGCUCUCCCAUCAAGCUUCAGAUGCCAUCUUGCACUGGGGGAAAUUAGCCCUUGGGCCCCUCUACCCACCCUCCCCUAAUCUGAGCCUUGCUCUGCUGUUCAGCCCUAACUGGCUAGGGAAAAUGGGAAAAGAAUUGCCAUGGGCUAGCAAAGGUCAUUUUGGAUAGAACUUUUAGCUGAUGAGUUUUUCAGGAGAACUAUUUUUUGAAGAUGGCUCACCAACCUUGAGCUAAAUGCUGAAGACGAGUCUAAGAGCUAUAAAAUGUGACUUUUUAAAUUUUCUUUUAUAACACUUGUGGUUGGGAAGGUGUUGUGGAAACUUAAUUAUGGGAAAAACAACAACAAAAAAACCCUGUACCUUUUUUGUAACUGUGGCACACUUGGGUGAUUUAGUGGCAAAUACAUUUCCCAGCAGGCCUUUUAUUGAUUGCACUAACUCGAA